AUGAACUCGCCGACUCAUACUAUAGAUCCAGACGGCGAAGUGAUCAUAAUAUUGCGCAAUGCGAACAGUCCGUUUGCACAACUGGCUGGAAAUCUAUUUACUAGUAGGGACUCUGACAUCCUUCCGUGGUUCUUUGGUAAUACCAAAAGUUCUCAUGAGGUGACCGAAGUUUCGAAAUUCCGUUUCGAACCGUUAGAGCUGAGUCUCAAGGAACAGAGCAGGAAAAAGAAGAAGAAGGGAAAGAAAAGAAAGUCCGGCACGACUAUGACCGCUUUUGAGUUCACUUCGACAAAUGAAGAGCCCGCUGCUGAAGAAGCUGCUGCCGAAGAACACCCUGCCGAAGAGCCCGUUGCCGAAGAGCCCGCUGCUGAAGAGCCCGCUGCCGAAGAACACCCUGCCGAAGAGCCCGUUGCCGAAGAGCCCGCUGCUGAAGAGCCCGUUGCUGAAGAGCCCGCUGCCGAAGAACACCCUGCCGAAGAACACCCUGCCGAAGAACACCCUGCCGAAGAACACCCUGCCGAAGAGCCCGUUGCCGAAGAGGCUGCUGUCGAAGGAGAUUUCGCUGAAUUGCCGGUUCACAAUUGCUUACGUAUUCAGGUGUCUGCGAAGCAUUUGAUGUUUGCCUCCCCGGUUUUCAAAAAGAUACUGACUGGUGGCUGGAAAGAAAGCAUUACUUACUUUAAAAAAGGCUCAGUUGAGGUCACUGCAGAAAGCUGGGAUAUUGAAGCACUCAUGAUACUACUUCGGGCUAUUCAUGGUCAAUACUAUCGUAUACCCCGGAAGCUGACCCUGGAGAUGCUCGCCAAAAUUGCUGUCAUAGCAGAUUACUAUGAAUGCAGGGAGGCUUUGUAUUUUCUGACGGAUAUGUGGAUCAAGAAUGUGGAGGAGAAGAUUCCUACGGCAGUUUCUCGGGAUUUAGUUUUAUGGCUAUGGAUUGCCUGGUUUUUUCGACUCCCUUCUCAAUUCAAAUUAUCGACUUCCAUUGCCAUGUCACAGAGCGACGGCAGGAUUGGUAAUUUGGGACUUCCGAUCCCAGACAAUGUCAUAGGAUCAAUGAACGAAAGUAGAGAGAAGGCUAUCAACAACUUGAUUGUUCUUCUUCAUGAAACACGCAAUGCCUUUUUACACGGCACUCGUGGCUGUGGUUUUGAAUGUCGCUCAAUCAUGUAUGGGGCUCUUACUAUGGAGAUGCAGUCAAGCAACCUGCUUGUACCGAAGCCUGAGAAUCCUUCUCCGAAUUUGGAUUACAAUUCUCUUAUGCAGAGGGUAAUGGCAUUCAGAUCGCCAGGAUGGUAUGUUUCAUCCUCAAUUUAUUCGGGCUAUUCCAGCUAUGGAUCCAGCUCUAUGCACCGCUGCUCUGAUUCCUCCUUCGCAUCUGUAUUCGACAAGCUGGAGGAUUCUCUUGAGGGGCUGGAACUGAAUCGGUUCACAAGUUCACAAUUUGGGAUCUCUGUGUUGCCGUCUAAAUGA